GCAGAAGGAAAAAAACAGGGAACAUACUGUCAGAGGUCAGAAUAACUGACAGAAUCUAGAAGGAGGUGGCGCAUUCACCAAAUAUGGAAGAGGAUACCAAACCUCUCUUGGUUCCUGUCGGAGGCGAUGAAAGCAAUUAUGGAAUCAUGAAUAUACAGUUUAAUCCAGAAGACUUUAAGUGCAAAAGACCAUUUCAUGUGGAGCCUACAAACAUAGUCAGUGUGAACGAUGACACGCAAAGAGUCACUGAUGAAGCUUCAGCAAUGAAUAAGCGAAUUCAUUACUACAGCAGGCUCACGUCUCCUGCAGACAGGGCAUUGAUUGCUCCUGAUCAUGUACUUCCAGCUCCUGAUGAAAUCUACGUGUACAGUCCAUUAGGAACUGCUUUUAAAGUUGACAGUUGCACAGAUGGCUAUGGUAAAAACUCCAGUGUAGUGACAAUAUUUAUGAUAUGGAAUACAAUGAUGGGUACAUCUAUAUUAAGUAUCCCAUGGGGAAUAAAACAGGCAGGCUUUACUUCUGGAAUCAUUCUCAUCUUACUGAUGGGCAUUUUGACUCUUUAUUGCUGCUACAGAGUUGUGAAAUCACGGAAAAUGAUACCUUUAAUAGAUACCUCAAACUGGGAAUUUCCAGAUGUUUGCAAGUAUUACUUUGGAUCCUUUGGUCAAUGGUCAAGCCUCUUAUUUUCUAUGGUAUCGCUUGUUGGAGCCAUGGUUGUUUAUUGGGUGCUUAUGUCCAACUUUCUGUUCAACACAGGAAGGUUUAUAUACAACUUUGUGCAUGACAUUAAUGUAACAGAUAUUGUUCCUGGCACGAAUGGAAGUAACAAAGUCAUUUGUCCAAGUGCUGCUAGCAGUCACCCACCACAGAACAAGAGUGUGAUCUUCUCUUCUGGCAACAAUACUGGUUUUGAACUCUUCGAGGAGUGGUGGAACAAAUCACAAACAGUACCAUUUUACCUGAUUGCUGUUCUUCUGCCCCUGCUAAAUCUGAAGUCUCCAUCCUUCUUUGCAAAGUUUAAUGUCCUAGGUACGGUUUCAGUUGUCUACUUAGUUUUUCUGGUUACUGUUAAGGCUGCUCGUCUGGGAAUCCACUUAGAAUACAACUGGUUUACAGAGAAUGAUUAUUUUGUACCAGAGUUUAGAAUUCUGUUCCCUCAGCUCACAGGGGUUCUGACACUUGCCUUCUUCAUCCACAACUGUGUCAUCACACUUCUUCAGAAUAACAGGAAUCAAGAAAACAAUGUGAGAGACCUCUCUAUUGCAUACUUCCUGGUGGGAUUAACAUAUCUGUAUGUUGGAGUGAUAAUUUUUGCAUCUUUUCCUUCUCCACCGCUAUCCAAAGAAUGUAUUGAACAGAAUUUUCUAGAUAACUUUCCCAGUGAUGACAUCAUGUCAUUUGUUGCAAGAAUAUUCCUGCUGUUCCAGAUGAUAACUGUAUACCCACUGUUGGGCUAUCUGGCACGAGUUCAGCUGUUAAGACAGUUUUUUGGAAAUGCUUACCCAAGCAUUUUCCAUGUGCUUGUCCUGAACGUAGCAAUUGUAGGAGCUGGAGUAGUAAUGGCAAGAUUUUAUCCAAAUAUAGGAGGUAUCAUAAGAUACUCUGGAGCAACAUGCGGUCUGGCCUUUGUAUUCGUGUAUCCGUCCCUCAUCUACGUGAUCUCCCUGCAUCAUGCCGGGCAGCUGACGUGGCCAGCAUUGAUCAUUCACAUCUUUAUAAUCCUCCUUGGACUGGCUAAUCUGAUUGCACAAUUCUUAUUGUGAAAACUCCCCCUUCUCCCUGUAGCUGUUACAAGUGGUACUGUGACAUUUGGCAACAGCCUUGAGCAACACUGUCACACAUGAGAAUGAACAGUACUCAAUGUGAUCUUCCUGAGAAAAGCUGCACCUUUGAAUCAAAUUCAGAACACAUCUUUCAGGCGCUUGACAGGAAACCUAUCUUGCUCAUCUAAAAACACAGCUUACUGGGAAGUGAAACGGUUCAGAUUUGAGUGAGGUAGUUCUCCUGUU